ACCCAUGCAAUGUUUGAGAAAUAGCGCUGCCGAGUCCUCAAAAACGUCUACACGUACUUAUACCAGUUUUGUUGUUGCUCAAAGGGUGAAAGACUGUGUAUACAAGAUCAGACCAUGAAGGAACUUACAAGGAGGCAAAUCCAUGCCGUUUACUUCCUCCUGGUGGUAUUUAUCGUUUUCGCUGGCUCCGCAUCAGCGAGGCAUGUCCACAAAGAGAAGGAAGUUGCGGCUGACUCCACAUCAGCGACACAUGUCAAAAAAGAGAAAGAAGCUCCCUUUGAUUCCACCUCAGCGAGAUACGUAAAAAAGGAGAAACAAGCUCUGACUGUAUUAAUACCACCCAUACCUGCCAAAGUUCCGACUGAAUCCACACCAACGAGACAUACCAAAAAGGAGAAGAAAGCUCCGAACGAAUACCCCCCAGCGAGGCAAACCAAAAAGGAGAAGGAAGCUCCGACUGAAUCCACACCAGCGAGACAUACCACAAAGGAGAAGGAAGCUCCAACUGAAUGCACACCAGCAUCAAAUGCCAAAAAGGAGGAAAAAGCUCCGGAGAAACACAAAACUAAGCAUACGAAGUGUGGAUGUGAGGAAAGUCGGAAAAGAAGACGGAACCAAACGUGUAUUGCCAAAGAUAUUCUUAAUGCAAUGAACGCAAGCGCGGAUCCGUGCGAGGAUUUCUACCAAUAUGCGUGUGGAACGUGGAUGAAAAAGAAUUACAUUCCUGAGAGCAAGACAUCCUGGAGUCAAUUUCGCGUACUUUACCAAAGAAAUGAACUGGUGAUGAAAAACCUUAUUUGGGACAACGAAGAUGCAAGGAAAAAAUAUAAAGAUAACGAAGCUGUCACGAAAGGUUUCGACAUGUUCGAUUCUUGCAUGGAUGAGGACAAAAUUGAGAGUCUGGGCGCACAACCGCUGUUGGACUUGAUCAAAGACUACGGAUCCUGGAACAUAACUGACGGAAAUUGGACUGAUGAAAAAUGGACGUUUGUGGAAACUUUUGUCAAAAUUCACAAAUAUUUGUCGAUUGCACCGCUCUUUAACAUGUACGUGUCAGCUGAUCUCAAAGACUCAACGAAAAAUGUUAUUGUGCUUGAUCAGUCUGGAAUUGCCAUUUCUCAGGAAGGCUUUUUGAAGAACACUUCGUACCAUGCAAAGGUCCGCAAAGCAUACAAAAAGCUUAUGGUCGAUGUUGCAAAACUUCUUGUCGAUCGCCCAGACACAGAAACGUUGAUGAUGGAAAUUUAUGAUUUCGAAGAAUCUUUAGCAAAGACGUUUAUUCCGAGAGAACAGCGGCGAGACACAAAUAAAAUUUACAAGAAAAUGAGGCUGGAUCAAUUUAUCAAAUUCACUGGACUAGAAGCGGGCUCCUCAAAUAUCGACUUGAUGGAUUUUCUCAAGAGGAUGUUUAACGAAACUGGUUAUAAAAUCACAGGGGAUGAGAUGGUUGUUACAUUCGCACUGGACUACUUUAAAAAUAUGUCUUUGAUUUUUAAGUCAGCUAGCAAAAGAGUGAUCGCUAAUUACAUGAUGUGGCAUGUGGUACUUCGUUUCUCUUCACAUUUGAACUUCAAGUUUAGAGAGGUUUUCAAAAAUUAUCGCCAAGCUAUAUCGGGGACCACCGCCGAAGAUCCACGCUGGCAAGAUUGUCUUAGUGUGGUAGAUAGCUCGUUUGGCAUGGCAUUUGGUCUGCUGUUUGUUGACGAGACAUUUGAAGGGGAGAGCAAGAAGUCGGCUGAAGAGAUGAUUCACGACAUCAGGCGGGUAUUUCUUGCCAAUUUAGAAAAGGUGGAGUGGAUGGAUGAGAAAACUAAACAAAGAGCAAAAGACAAGGCUGAAGCAAUACGCGAAAACAUUGGCUAUCCUGAAUACUUAACAAACAAAACAGCGUUGGCUAAGAUGUUUAAGGGGUUUGACGUUAAAAAGGAUCAGUAUUUCAAAAACAUCCUGCAAUCUUACACAUAUUUUAACUUGAAAAAUUACGCCAAACUGGGCAAGCCCGUGGACAAAGAGAGGUGGUCCAUGACACCUCCCACAGUCAACGCUUACUACUCGUCGAUUGAUAACAAAAUAGCAUUUCCUGCUGGUAUAUUACAGAAACCUUUUUAUGAUCAUCGAUACCCCAAGGCCUUAAACUAUGGAGGAAUCGGGAUGGUGGUUGGACACGAAAUUACUCACGGUUUCGAUGACAAUGGGCGGCUGUUCAACAAAGACGGAAACCUUAAAAAAUGGUGGUCGAACAGCUCCAUUUCUGCUUUCAAGAAUAAAACACAGUGCUUGGUAGACCAGUAUUCCAAAUACGUCUUUCAUACAAAGAACAUCUUCCUGAACGGUAAGCAAACACUUGGAGAAAACAUCGCCGAUAAUGGCGGCAUCAAGCAGGCUUUUCAGGCCUAUCAGAACUGGAAGAAGAGACGAGGUCCUGAACCACCGCUUCCUGGAAUGGAAGAUUUUACUAAUGAACAGAUCUUUUUCCUUGGGUUCGCUCAGAUUUGGUGUAGCAAAUACCGUCCUGAGACAGCCAUGAGACAGGUGGACUUUGGAGUACAUAGUCCUGGAAUGUAUAGGGUUAUUGGUCCUCUGUCGAACUUUGACGAAUUCGCCAAGGCUUACAGAUGCCCAAAAGGAUCCCCCAUGAAUCCCGAGAAAAAAUGCGCUGUCUGGUAACAAGCCCGUUUGUCAUUUACCGUUGGUUUUCAGAAGAUCUAUUUCAACAGAGAGAGCUGUUUACUGAUUGUAAUGUAGGUUGACAGCGACGACAGAAAGACCCCUCUUCACACAAGUGACCAAUAUUUCUUAGUUUAUGUGUAAACUGUAGCAAAACUCAUUGCUUGCUAUGACAAAUCUUUACUGAGCUAACAUUGUUCUAGCAGUGGGUAGCCUAGGGCUCAAAACUCCAGGUACAACCUUGUACAAGGGAUGUUGAGUUUCCUUUUAACGUUGGUUUUUUUUACCUUGGAACGUUUGCAUUGGUUUUCAGAAGAUCUCUAUCAACAGAGAGAGAUGCUUAUUAUUUGUAAUGAAGGCUGUCAACGACAGAAAGACCUCUAGCUUUUAAGACAAGCAAGCAACUUUCAAUAUUUCUUAGGUUAGCUAUAUAGGUGUAUAAGUUGUACUGUAGGAGAACUAAUAGCUCGGUUUGGCAAAU